GAGCAAAAAGUCACACAGACAGAAUAAGUAGUGAUGUUUUUAUAGUGUGUGUAUAAUAUAAUUUUGCAAAACUUGGGAUUAUAUGGAAAUAGGGGAUUGAAAAAGAUGUCGAGUUCAGAAAGAAAGCCAAUAGAAGUGAUUAAAGGCAUUAAUGGCCUUGAAAAAGUUGUUCUUCGUGGAAUUCAUGGCACUUGUGUUGAGGUCUAUUUGUAUGGCGCUCAUGUGACAUCUUGGAAAAAUGAGCUCGGAGAAGAGCUGCUUUUUGUCAGUAGUAAGUCGAUCUUCAAGCCUCCAAAGCCGAUUCGCGGGGGCAUUCCUAUAUGUUUCCCUCAGUUUUCAAAUUUAGGACCUCUUGAAACACAUGGGUUUGCUAGAAACAGGUUAUGGACCUUUGAUGAUGACCCCCCUCCAUUCCCACCUGAUGCUGCCAAUAAAGUUUUCAUUGAUUUGAUCCUUCGGCCCACUAAGGAGGAUUUGAAAAUAUGGCCUCACAGCUUUGAAUUCCGGUUGCGGAUUACUUUGGGGCCUGGUGGAGACCUGAUGUUGACUUCUCGGGUCAGAAAUACUGGCACGGAUGGGAAGCCAUUUACAUUUACGUUUGCAUAUCAUACCUAUUUUUCAGUUUCAGAUAUCAGUGAAGUUCGGGUGGAAGGAUUGGAAACACUGGAUUAUCUUGACAAUUGCCAAAACAGGGAGCGGUUUACAGAACAAGGGGAUUCAUUAACGUUUGAAUCAGAAGUUGACAAAAUCUAUCUUAGCACACCAACCAAAAUUGCAGUUAUGGAUCAUGAAAAGAAACGAACUUUUCUCAUCCGGAAAGAGGGACUUCCAGAUGCUGUGGUGUGGAAUCCAUGGGAUAAGAAGGCAAAGGCUAUGGCUGAUUUUGGAGACGAUGAAUAUAAACACAUGCUAUGUGUGGAGGCUGCAGUAGUUGAAAAACCAAUUACCUUAAAGCCUGGUGAGGAAUGGAGAGGAAGGCAAGAACUUUCAACGGUCAACAAGCUGCUUGACUCUUAAGAAAGCUGUCUAGAAUGGCUGAAGAAGUUUAGGCUGAGGGCACAUGUCAUGUAUAGGUCUUUUGUAUUAUGUGAUUUGGUAAACACUCCUUCAAUAGUGAAAUUUAUUAGUUUUUCAUUGAUGGAUAGCAUCUGAAAUGGGCAAUAAGAAGCAGGCAUACAACAAUUAUUAAUUGUAUGUCCAUUCAAUUCAAUGGAGGUAAAAGAAGUACUUAAGCCAUUGGACACGCCAUACAUAUAUAGUUAGACUUUGAUUUAUGAUGCGAGUGGAUUGCUUGUUACACGUAAGGAUGGGUUAUUCAAUCAGAACUUGUAUUGAAUUCGUGACCAUUAUAAUAUGAAAUGAAUGAUGAAAAGACAUAAUCACUUUAUCA